AUGUGGUGCCUCCUAUUUAGACAAACUUUGACUAACACGGUGGUGCUGGUUACAGACCAGACAAGCAACCACAACAACAACCGUAAUGUGGUCAUAUAUGCCUUUGUGUGUCUUCUGCUCAUUGGAGCAGCCAGCGUGUCGGCCAAGCCGAAGCCCACCGGUGGCUGGUCCUCAGGCGGCGGUGGCGGUGGCGGUGGUGGCUGGUCCUCGGGCGGUGGAGGUGGCGGCGGAGGCGGCGGCGGUGAUGUGCAAAUUAUUAAAGUUAUAACGGAGAGCGGCGGCGGCGGAGGUGGCGGUGGCUGGUCUUCAGGAGGCGGCGGUGGCGGUGGCGGUUGGUCCUCUGGUGGAGGCGGCGGAGGUGGCUGGUCUAGCGGCGGAGGCGGCGGCGGUGGAGGUGGUGGUGACAUAAAGCUCAUCAAAAUUAUAAGCCUCGGCAGCGGCGGCGGUGGUGGAGGACAUGGUGGUGGUGGCGGAGGUGGCUGGUCCUCUGGCGGCGGUGGUGGUGGCGGCUGGUCUGGAGGCGGUGGCGGUGGUGGUGGCGGCGGUGCUACCAAGGUCAUCAAAAUUAUUAAGCUGGGCAGCGGCGGCGGCGGCGGAGGCGGUGGUGGACAUGGCGGUGGCGGUGGUGGUGGUUGGUCCUCUGGUGGGGGCGGUGGAGGUGGUGGUGGUUGGCAGCCAGCUGGAGGCUGGGCCUAA